AUGAUCGAACCCAUUGGGAAUCAGUACAUUGUAGCCAGGCCAGUGUAUUCUGCGAAUGCUUUUGGGGAAGAACAUAAGAAGAAGCAGAGGCAUCACAAGACCUUUCUGGAUCAUCUCAAAGUGUGUUGUAGCUGUUCCACACAAAAGGCCAAGAGAAUCGCCCUGUCUUUGUUCCCCAUAGCAUCUUGGUUACCAGCCUACCGGAUAAAGGAAUGGCUACUCAGUGACAUUGUUUCCGGAAUCAGCACAGGGCUGGUAGCUGUACUGCAAGGUUUAGCAUUUGCUCUGCUGGUCACCAUCCCCCCAAGCUACGGACUGUAUGCAGCCUUUUUCCCGGUUAUAGUCUACUUUUUCUUGGGCACUUCUAAACACAUAUCUGUGGGUCCGUUUCCAGUUCUGAGUAUGAUGGUGGGAGCAGUAGUUGUGAGAUUAACCCCGUCGGAGAGUACAGCUGCUCUGGAACUCUCUAAUAGCUCGAUGAGUAAUGAUUCAUCAGCAGAUGAGUAUAAGGUGAUGGUGGCUGCCACGGUUACAAUCCUUUCUGGAAUCAUUCAGUUGCUCAUGGGUGUUCUGCAGAUUGGGUUCGUGGUGAUCUAUCUAUCGGAGUCCCUAAUCAGUGGCUUCACCACAGCUGCUGCCGUGCACGUUUUGGUUUCUCAGCUCAAGUUUAUGCUUCAGCUGAAUGUUCCUGCACACACUGAUCCAUUUUCAAUUUUCAAAGUACUGAAUUCCAUAUUCACACAAAUAGAGAAGACUAACAUUGCAGACCUUGUGACAUCCUUGAUUAUUCUGCUGAUUGUAUUUGUGGUUAAAGAAAUAAAUCAGCGCUACAAAGCCAAACUUCCGGUGCCCAUCCCAAUUGAACUCAUCAUGACUGUGAUCGCAACAGGUGUGUCCUAUGGCUUUGACUUCAAAAACAGGUUUGAGGUGGCUGUGGUUGGGGAGAUGAAAAGAGGAUUUCAGUCCCCCAGCGCACCCGACAUGCAGAUUUUCCAAGAGACCAUCGGGGAUAGCUUCGGCAUCGCGAUCGUUGGCUUUGUGGUGGCCUUCUCAGUGGCCAGCGUCUAUUCCCUCAAGUAUGAUUACCCGAUUGAUGGCAAUCAGGAGUUAAUAGCCUUGGGAUUGAGUAACAUAUUCAGUGGAUCAUUCAAAGGCUUUGCCGCGAGUACUGCCCUCUCCAGAUCGGGGGUUCAGGAGAGCACUGGAGGCAAAACACAGAUUGCUGGGCUUCUCUCUGCUAUCAUCGUUCUGAUUGUCAUUGUAUCCAUUGGAUUUCUUCUGGAGCCACUACAAAAGUCUGUCCUGGCAGCGUUAGCACUUGGGAACCUGAAGGGAAUGCUGAUGCAGUUCACAGAAAUACGAAGACUGUGGCAAAAGGAUAAAUACGAUUGUCUGAUAUGGAUCAUGACCUUCAUCUUUGCCAUUGUCCUGGGACUCGGGUUGGGCCUGGCGGCCAGCGUGGCAUUCCAGCUCCUGACCAUUGUGUUCAGGACCCAGUUUCCAAAAUGCAGCACACUGGCGAAUGUUGGAAGGAGCAACGUCUAUAAGAAUAAAAAAGAUUACGCUGACAUGUAUGAACCAGAAGGGGUGAAGAUCUUCAGGUGUCCAUCUCCCAUCUACUUUGCAAACAUCCAUUUCUUUAAGCAGAAACUUAUCGAUGCUGUUGGCUUUAAUCCACUACGAAUUCUACGCAAGCGCAACAAAGCUUUGAAGAAAAUCCGAAAACUGCAGAAAAAAGGCUUGCUGCAAGUGACACCAAAAGGAAUUAUAUGUACCAAUGAUGGCUUUAAAGAUUCCGACGAAGAGCUGGACAACAAUCAGAUAGAAGGACUGGAUCAACCGAUCAAUACCACCGACCUGCCUUUCGAGAUAGACUGGAAUGCCGACCUUCCUCUCAACACUAUGGUCCCUAAAAUCAGCCUGCAUAGCCUCAUUCUCGACUUUUCAGCUGUGUCAUUUCUUGACAUUUCUUCAAUGAGAGGUCUCAAAACGCUUUUGCAAGAAUUUAUCAGGAUCAACGUAGAUGUGUAUAUUGUUGGAAGUGACGAUGAUUUCAUCGAGAAGCUUGUACAGUGUGAUUUUUUUGAUGAUGAAGUCAAGGACUCCAUCUUCUUCUUAACAAUCCAUGAUGCUGUUUUGCACAUUCUGAUGAAGAAGGAUUACAGUGCUUCAAAGUUUAAUUCCAGUCAGGAAAAACAACCGAAAUUUGAUUUUACCAUAAAUACAAAUGGAGGAUUACGUAAUCGAGAAUGUCAGGUACCAGUUGAAACAAAAUUCUAA